AUGGAGGCCCGUCUCCUCGCGCUGGCCCAGGAGAACGAGCGCCUUCGCGCACAGCUCGAAAGGGGCGCCUCUGCCGCCAACUUGUCCAUCUUCGACCUGCCGCACGCCGGCGCGAUGGCCCCGGGCGGCUGCGCGCAAAUGUUCGACCAGGCGGCGCUGCAGAAGCUGCAGGCGCUCUACCCGGGCGUCAUGCAAAAUGCUCAGCUGCCGAUGCUGCAACUCUGCCAGCUGCAGGCGGCACUUCAACAACAGUAUCCCAUCAUCAACCCCUACCAAAAUGCCGGCGGUGUACUGCUCCCCAACCCGCAGGCUCUGCCUGGACGACCAGAAAACGCCGCUCCCAGCACGCCUUCAACCAGUGGCAGUUCGCUGCUCGGAGCAUUGCUGUCGAAUCGGAGGCCCUCCCCCACCGUACCCCAGAGCUCGACGGAAAGCCGCAGCGGGCUAGCUAGCCCGCCCCGCGAGCAAAACCACAAUAAUCAGCCCCCGCCGAUUGCCCCUCAUCCUCGAUCUCCUUGCCCGGCCGGCUCGUCGUCAAUGUCGUCAGUGUCGCUGUCAAUUUCUGGUAGUUCGAAAUCUGACUCGGAAAGUCACUCCUCGGCCUCGCUGUCCCCGAUGGAAUCGAGCGGCCAACAACCCGAGGGUAGCAGAAAGCAGCAAUACAUGGAACGUCGCCGCCGAAAUAACGAGGCCGCCAAGCGCUGCCGCGCCAACCGGCGCGCCGUCUUCGAGUAUCGCAGCCAUCGCGUUGAGGUACUCGAGGGCGAGAACCAUGACCUGAAGAAGGAGAUUGACGACCUGAAACGGGAAAUCGAACGCUGUCGCAACCUAAUCACCCAACGCGACCAGCUG